AACAGACACAUUCUCUUCCCUCAGUAUCAUUUUCAUUGAUUUUUGAACAGCUCUCGAAUUACAUCGUUCUAGCAGAGUAAAAACUUGCCUAGCCUACGCUUCACUUCGCUCCAACCAACGUUUACAUUAAUGAAUAAUGCGGAAUUGAUUGAAAUAUAUUAGUGAAUUCUUCUAUUGAUAGGUUGUCAGCGCACAAAGCAGGAUGGGCCUGCACCGGAAGAACUGGCUGCUGGUGCUUGUGCCGACAUUGCUUCUUGCUAGUCUUCGAAAUUGUAUUGCGUAUUCAAGUGAAGAUUCAGUGGGUAACUACCUUCAUCAGCGAUUAAUACAGAUUAAUGGAAACAAUUCAAUUGACGGCAAAGCAGUUAGUGAUGAUGAAACGCCCGACUAUCGUUUGCCGACUUCUGUUGUACCUGACCAUUACCAAAUUCUAAUUUCACCGUUUCUGGAUGGAGCUGGAUUCACCCUCCAUGGAUCUGUGGUGAUUCAAGCGCGUGUGAUUGCUGAAACAAACAGAAUUGUGCUGCACAUGGGAAAUAUCGAUUUUAUAUCAGCAAGUGUAACGGAAGCGCAAUCGAAGUUACCUGAUGACACAGGUCGAAAAUUUCCUGCUUUUGUUAACUCAAGUUAUGAGAAGGUAACUGAGAAAUUGUCACUUAUUUUGGACAGUACAAUUCCAAAGGAUUCUGCUAUUGUUAUCGCUGUUCAGUACAGUGGGAGAUUGAUGGAUAACAUGAUUGGAUUUUACAAGAGCUCAUAUUUUGAUAAGGAGGGAAAUCUCAACUGGCUAGCCGCUACACAAUUCCAAACGACGCAUGCACGACAUGCAUUCCCAUGCUUCGAUGAGCCACAUUUCAAGGCCAAAUUCAGCAUUAGAAUUUCGCAUCAAUCGUCGCUAAAAAGUUUAAGCAACAUGCCGCUGAGUGGAAGCCAACCCACUGGAAAUUUAAUCUGGGACACUUAUGAAACUAGUGUGCCAAUGUCCACAUAUCUAGUGGCAUUUGUGGUAUCUAACUUUAGUUCAGUAUCAAAUACUCAUGGAAAUUUCAAGAUUUGGACAAGACCUGAAGCCGUUGAUCAGGCCAACUAUGCUCUCGACAUCGGACAGAAAUCUAUCGAUUACUUCUCCAAUUUAUUCAAUGAGAGUUACCAAUUGAAAAAAAUGGAUAUGGUUGCGGUUCCAGAUUUUUCAGCAGGUGCAAUGGAAAAUUGGGGCCUAAUCACUUACAGGGAAUCACGAUUACUGUACGAUCCCAGAGAAUCAUCAGAUGCUGCUCAACAGAGUGUGGCAUCUGUAAUUGUACAUGAGUGUGCUCACAUGUGGUUUGGCAACUUGGUAACUCCUGAGUUGUGGGGAUACUUGUGGCUGAGCGAAGCAUUUGCCAGAUAUUAUCAGUACUUUGCAACCACGAAGAUGGAGCCGAGUUGGAAAAUGGAACAGCAGUUUGUGGUGGAGCAACUUCAGGCAGUUUUUGGCACCGAUUCCCUGGAUUCUUCCAAGCCUUUGUCUCGACAAGUGGCGAGCCAGGAGGAAAUAGGAACUAUGGGAGACACUAUCACGUAUUCCAAGGGGGCGAGUAUUGUUCGGAUGAUGGAUCUGUCCUUCGGAUCUUCUGAAUUCAAUUCUGGACUGCAGGAGUAUUUGAAAUCAAAUAAAUACGGUUCAACAACUCCUGAUCACCUUUGGACUGCUCUCGCGAAUAAAAUAAACGCUACAAGCAUUGGUCUCCUGGAACCAUUAAAAAAUGCUAUGGAUACCUGGACAAAACAGCCAGGAUAUCCUGUUGUACAAGUCACAGUGAGCAAUGGAUCAUUAUCACUAAUUCAAAAACGCUUCUUCAUUCGUAAUCCGAAGAACACUGCCACCAGUGCUAUAUGGUCUGUUCCAUUGACAUGGACAACGCACAGUGAACGCAAUUUCCAAUCAACGAAACCCAAAUAUUGGUUUAAAACUGCAAACGCCACCAUCGAUGCAGGAAGUAAACCGGACGAAUGGGUGAUAGUUAACGUCCAGCAGAGCGGAUUCUAUCGAGUUAAUUAUGACGAACGUGGCUGGUAUCGUAUUAUUGGUGCGCUGAAAAGCGAGAACUUCGAGGAAAUCCAUGAAAUUAAUCGAGCGGCUCUCGUCGACGAUUUAUUAAAUCUCGCGAGAGCUGGAGAUUUAGACUAUAAGAUUGCACUCGAUGGACUAGAGUAUAUAAAAAAUGAAACUAAUUAUCUUCCAUUUAAAUCGUUUUUCAAUGGCUUCGACUAUCUUCAUAAACGUUUUGCUGGUGGAGAACACCAACAUUUUUUCAAGAAUUUUACGCUCAAUUUCAUCUCGAAAAUCCGUGAAAAAAUGGGAUUUGGAGACCAAUCGACCGACGAUCGAUUAACAAUUUUAUUGCGAGCAGAGUUGAAUAACUUGGCGUGCAAAUUGGAUGACGAAUUAUGCCUAAAAAAAUCCCAGGAAUACUUUGCAUUAUGGAGAAAGAAUGCCUCAAUUAUUCCAAAGAACCAUAGAGCGACGAUUUAUUGUUCGGCAAUGAGGCAUGGAACAUUUGAAGAUUGGGAGGCGUUACAUGAUAAAUACAUUAAUUCCAACUGUCCAACGGAGCAAGUGGUAAUUUUGAAUGCACUGGCAUGUACACAAAAUACGACCACUUUGGAAACGUAUCUACUUUCCGCGAUUACAGAGUAUAAACAAUCACGUAUUCGCAAACAAGACAGUAGAACAAUUUUCACUGCAGUUUCCAGUUCCAGUUUGGCUGGAGCUGAAUAUAUUCUGGAAUUUGUUAAAAAAUACCACGUGAAAAUGCAUGAAUAUUAUGGGAACUAUGAUACGACCGCUAGUAUCUUAUCAGCAGCGUCUCAACGGUUUUCCACGAAGAAUCUCGUGGAUGUUUUUGAAAGUUUCGUAAAAGCAAGUGGUGAUAUCUCGGUAUCAAUUCACGAAUCUCUACAGCAGUCACUUGAACUCGCAAAGUACGAACUGAGUUGGUACAAUGAGAAAUCUGUGGCCAUCAUUGACUGGAUCACUGCGUACAAUGAGAGGCAGAAGGGAGAGGGUCCCCCAGUAGAACAGAAUAAUUAUCUAUUACCAAAAAGCAUUAUUCCUCAAAGUUAUGUCAUUAAGGUCACACCUUAUAUUACGCCUGGGAACUUCACAUUUGAUGGAUAUGUUAACAUCACCACUCGAGUCAUCGAAAAAACUGAUAAAGUCGUUUUUCAUAUCCAUGAAAUCAAGAUCCACAGUAUUAUCCUGCGGGUGAAUAGCGAUGAGAUUAAAAUAAAAGCAACUAACGAGUUAAAAGAAUAUCAAUUAUUGGAACUGACGCUUGAGGAACCCUUAGCUACAGGGUCACCAUUAAUUAUUGAAAUUUCGUACACCGGAAUUCUGAAUACGAUCAUGAAAGGAUUUUACAGGAGUUCCUACAUCGAUGCGAAUAAUAAUACGAGAUGGUUGGCCGCAACUCAUCUGGAACCCGUGGGCGCCAGGAAAAUGUUCCCGUGUUUCGAUGAACCCGCUCUGAAAGCCACAUUCCGACUGAGCGUGAGUAGACCGCCAGGUUUUAAAGCUCUUAGCAAUACACCACAAAGAAUCGAGGUUGCCGAUGGCGAUCGAAUGUUGGUGACAUUCGAGGACACCCCCAUAAUGUCAACAUAUUUAUUGGCUCUAGUAGUGUCGGAUUUCAGAAGUACUUACGACGUUUUACGGUACGAAGCUUGGGCUAGGCCGAACGCGAUAGACCACGCAAAAUAUGCAGCUUCAGUGAUAUCUCCAGUAGUUGAAUUUUUCGAAAAAUCUCUCAAGAUUCCGUAUCAACUAAACAAGCUCGACAUGGUUGCACUGCCAGACUUCAGUUCUGGUGCUAUGGAAAAUUGGGGUCUCAUCACUUACCGGGAAUCCAAUAUGCUUUAUGAUGAUCAAUAUUCACCCAUAACUUCCAAGCAGGCGAUUAUCAACGUAAUUGCUCAUGAAAUAGCUCAUCAGUGGUUUGGUAAUCUCGUUAGUCCAGAUUGGUGGAAAUACCUGUGGCUCAGUGAAGGAUUUGCACGGUACUAUCAGUAUCACACAACUGCUCAGAUUGAAACAACUUGGGGAUUGGAGUCUCAAUUUGUGGUUGAGCAGGUGCACUCGGCAUUCGCAACUGAUGGAUUAACGUCUAGUCAUCCUAUGUCGCAUGAUGUUUACAGUCCAAGUGAGAUUGCGGGGAUUUUCGAUACGAUUUCCUAUGGGAAAGCCGCUAGUGUUCUGAGGAUGAUGGAGAAGGUUUUUGGAACGGAAGUGUUUUACAGUUCUCUCCAUGAUUACCUUAUUGCUAGGUCUUACGGAAGUGCAACACCCGCAGACCUCUUCGCAGCCUUCGAAAAAAAUGUACAACAAAGUAACAUUACCUUGGAUGGUACUGUGCAAUCAAUUAUGGAAAAGUGGACGAACCAGGCGGGGGUUCCAGUGCUGACUGUGAAUAUCGAUACCAGCAAUGUAAUAAUGUCUCAAGAACGUUUUCUGCUUAGUAAUCCUGAUAAAAUUCCCACAAAUCAAACUUGGCCGAUUCCAAUAACGUGGGCUUCUAAAUCGAGUCCAAAUUUUACGUCGACUACUCCUAGAUUGUGGUUCAGCGAACCCCGUCGUAUAGUUCCCCUGCCACACGGCGCUGGUGACUGGGUAAUUCUCAAUGUUCAACAAGCUGGAUACUACCGGGUAAAUUAUGAUAAUGUCUCCUGGACGCGGAUAAUAGAGGCCCUCAACAACCAAUACGAUCAAAUUUCCGAAAUAAAUCGAGCCUCAAUAAUCGACGAUCUCCUCAAUCUCGCGCGUGCGGGCUACACAAAUUAUGUUACUGCGUUAUCAGCCACUGAAUAUCUCACGCAAGAAACCAAUUACAUUCCUUGGAGGGCGGCCUUCAACGGUCUUUCCUAUCUCACUAAAAAAUUUACUGGUCGAGAGAUCAACAGCUGGUACAAAAAACACAUUCAAAAAAUACUGUCACCGAUUUAUGAAAAACUGAGUUUCGAUGAGCCAAAAAAUGACAGCCACUACAACAAAUUAUUGAGAAGAUACGUCGUAAAUUGGGCAUGUGCAUUUGACCUUAAAGAGUGUACCAGUAAUUCUACGAAGCUAUUCGCUAACUGGAGGGCUAAUGAAAAAGAAUUGGUCCCUGUUAAUCUCCGCAAUACAAUUUACUGCACCGCCAUUAAACGUGGAACGACCGACGACUGGAAUUUCCUGUGGGAUAAAUAUAAGACUGCACCACUUGCCACUGAAAAAGUAUUGAUACUCGGUGCACUGGGAUGCUCCGAGGAUAAAGUAUUAUUGAAGAAACUAUUGACGGCUGCAAUAACUGAGGACUCACCCAUUCGAUUCCAAGAUAGCACCAGCGUUUUUUCUGGUGUAUACAGUUCAGGACAUGCUGGAGCCGUUUUGACAUUAGAUUUUGUUAGGCAAUAUUACGUCGAUAUGUACAAGUACUAUGGUAGCUACAGUCCCGUUGAGGCUAUUUUAAGUGGAAUUUCCUCUCAAUUUUCCACGGAAGAACUUGUCGCAGAAUUCGAGAAGUUUGUGAAUGAAUUCGAGGUGAAAAUUCCCGAAAUUCAGAGCUCGUUGAGGUCUUCAUUGAAACGUGCAAAGCAAGAGCUCCAGUGGUACGAUGAUCGCAGCCCAGAAAUUUUCGCCUGGUUGGGGGAACGCUACGACACCUACGACUAUCGUCUUCCUACCACCAUUGUACCAACUAACUACAAUUUAUCAAUUCAGCCUUAUUUCGAGGAACGUGAUUUCACAUUUGAUGGAGAAGUUCAGAUUACCAUGAAUGUACAGCGCAGCACUUCGAUCAUUGUUCUGCAUACGAAUGAAUUGAAUGUUAACGAUGUUAAAGUUUAUGGUGGUCCUGGUGAAAUUCGAGAAUAUUAUGUCACAAAAUGGAACUCUGUGACGCAUAAAUUUACGAUUUACUUGAAGACAACUUGCAGGGCUGGCUCUUCUCUCCGGAUGAGUAUGAAGUACUCGGGAGUAUUGAACGACAAUAUGGUGGGAUUCUACCGGAGCUCGUAUCGGGAUAACUUGGGAAACAAACGGUGGUUGGCUUCCACUCAGUUUGAGAAGGUGGGAGCUAGACAGGCUUUUCCGUGCUUUGAUGAGCCGUCGUUCAAAGCGAAAUUCACGAUUAAUAUUGAGAGGGAGAAUGAAUAUCACACGCUGAGUAAUAUGCCUUUGGCUAAGUCAAUCCCAUCGGAAAAACAAAAUAGAACAUGGGACGGUUUUGAAGAAUCUGUGCCAAUGUCCACUUAUCUUGUUGCCUUCGUUGUCUCCGAUUUCAAAUCCGUGACGAUCAAAAAUGGGAACUUCAGCGUCUGGGCACGGCCAAAUGCAAUUAAUGAUAGUCAUUAUGCACUGACGGUGGGAGAAAGAUCUCUAAAGUUUUUGGAGAAUUACACUGGAGUGGAUUAUCCCAUCGGGAAAAUGGAUUUCGUUGCUGUCCCAGAUUUCAAUGGUGGAGCAAUGGAAAAUUGGGGACUGGUGACGUUUCGGGAGUACGGCCUUCUAAUUGACUCUGCAAUGACGCGAACUUACUUCACGAGGUAUUUGAGCAUUCUAGUGAGUCACGAAUUAACCCACAUGUGGUUCGGAAAUCUGGUGACUUGCGAUUGGUGGUCUUACAUUUGGCUGAACGAAGGAUUCGCUCAAUAUUUCGAAUGGCUCACUAUAAACGCUAGUGAACCAAAUUGGAAUUUGAUGGAGCAAUUCAUAACCCAUGAGUUACAGAGAGCGUUAUUAGAUGAUUCAGUCCCAACAAUGCGGCCCAUGAACAAUAAAAUGACGACCCCCUUCGACGAGGGAGAAGGAUAUGGUUCCAUCGCCUACAGCAAAUCUGCCAGUGUUAUCCACAUGAUGCAUCAGGCCUUUGGGGAGAAGAUUUUCAGAGAUGGUUUGCAUUAUUACUUGGACCAAAAUAAAUAUAGCACGGGUACACCAGAUAAAUUGUGGACUGCACUUCAAAGAAGUGCUAAUGCGAAUGGUGGACUGAAUAAUAUUAAUCAGGAUGUUGCCACUUUAAUGAGUUCUUGGGCUAAUCAAGCAGGGUAUCCCGUAGUUCAUGCCAGAUUUGUUAAUGGGAAUCUCACUGUGAAGCAGAUGCGUUUCUUACUAACGAAAGGCGACGCCAACGUCACUCAGACCUGGUGGAUCCCGAUUACCUUCCAAACCUCUGGACGCGGAGUAUCCAAUAACGGUCGUCCUGUAUUUUGGUUCAGCGGAAAGAACAAAACCGUAUCUCUACCAAAAACCGCAGACGAGUGGUUCCUGAUCAAUGUCGAGCAAAAAGGCUACUAUCGGGUUAAUUACGAUCCCGAAAAUUGGUCACGUAUAUUCGUAGCGUUGCAUUCAGAAAAUUUUGGAGGAAUUCACGCAAUCAACCGCGGUCAGAUAAUCAAUGAUCUCUUAAAUCUUGCCCGGGCAGAUGUCACCGACUACGAUACUGCACUGAGAAGUACCCUAUACCUCAAGAAGGAAUUGCAUAAUUCACCUUGGGAAGCAUUCUUCAGUGGUAUCGCAUUCCUGUCUGAUCGCUUUGGGGGUCAUGAGAUUGAUGAACUUUUCAAGAAGUACGUUCUGAGUCUCCUAGAGUUCUCAUAUCGAAAACUUGGCUUUUCGGAGAUCAAUAAUGAGGGGAUGCAGAAUAAGCUGAGCAGAGAGUUGAUAUUGCACGCCGCCUGUAAAUACAAUCACGAAGACUGUAUUGCUGAAGCUAAACGUCUUUUUGAUCUCUGGAAAAAUAAUUUGAAUAAACCAAUCCCUGUGAAUGCUAAGAAGGCGGUUUACUGCGCAGCUAUGAAAUGGGGUAAUUAUGAGGAUUGGAAGUUCCUCUGGAAUCAGUACCUCACCACCAACUUGGAGGCUGAGAAGGUAACAAUUUUACAAGGACUAGGGUGCACCAGAAAUCCAGAGGCAAUCGAUGAAUACUUCAAAGCUGCAUUAUCGGAAAAUGAUUUGAUACGCGAUCAAAAUAUUAAUACAGUUUACUCAUCUGUAUACUUAGCUGAUAGUUACGGGGUUAAUGUAACUCUCGAAUAUCUCAUCAGCAAUUAUGAUGCCAUUCGUAAGGGACACGGUGGCUGGGGAACUGUAACUAAUCUAUUUAAUGCAGUUGCAUUGAGACUUUCAACGCAGGAGGGAAUAGAUAGACUGGAGAAGUUCAUUAAUGCAAAGUCAGGUGAACUUAAGCAUAUCUUGAGUUCCCUCAAAGCAUCGCUGAAUGAAGCGAAGAAGAAUUGGGAGUGGUUCUUGAUUCACGAGAGGCUUAUCCAAUUUUGGUUGAUGAAUCCGCCUGUUAUAAAGCUCCCGGAAAUAUCAGGGGAAAAUGGUAAGGACAAUGCCAGUGGUAUGCAACCUUUUGUGGGAGUGAUAAUUGGUGCUUGUGCCGCAGUUGUGGCGACUUCCGUAUUUUUUCUUUGCAUCAUGACUAUUUGUAAGUACCGUAAGAAGAAAGCUAAUGAUAGAACGUAGUCAAUAAUGUAAUGAUAGGUAAAAAAAUAUUUUUUGUAUGAAUGAAAACAAAUUAUUCCUGAAAGUUAAUAAAUCCAAGUUAUAUACACGUUGAA